UGGACUCAAGAAACAAUAGGGACGUGGACAGGACUCGCUGCAGCGUAGAGAAACAAGUUCACGAGUUGCUUGCUAUAUGGUACAAAGAAUUAUCCCCAGCAAGAUUCUCUUCUGUCUAUCCUUCUUUUCUUCUCUGUUCAGCUCUAGCUAGAGAGACAUGGCAGGUCUCAUUCUCAAUAACAAAAGCAUGGCUCUAUGCCUUGUUUUGGUGAUAUGUAGUUUUGGGUUGUGCUUAGUCUCUACACAUGCAGAGCUUCAAAGAUUUGGACAGCCUGCAAAAACUGAUGGGACUCUUUCCUUUUUGGUGCUUGGAGAUUGGGGCAGAAAAGGUGCUUUCAACCAGUCUGAAGUUGCUGUUCAGAUGGGAAGGAUUGGAGAGAAGCUGGACAUAGAUUUUGUAGUUUCAACAGGUGAUAAUUUCUAUGAUAAUGGAUUGACUGGAAACCAAGACAAAGCAUUUGUGGAAUCAUUUACUCAAAUCUACACUGCAAAUAGCCUGCAAAAGCAGUGGUACAGUGUCUUGGGAAAUCAUGACUAUAGGGGGAAUGCAGAGGCACAACUGAGCCAACAACUUAGGAAAAUUGAUAGCAGGUGGCUAUGUUUGAGAUCUUUCAUCGUCAAUGCUGAAUUGGCUGAAAUUUUCUUUGUGGAUACCACCCCUUUUGUCCAAUCAUACUUUACUAAUGCUGAGGGCCAUACUUAUGACUGGAGAGGCAUUGGAUCUCCUAGAUCUUAUAUUGCAAACCUAAUAAAGGAUCUAAAGUUGGCAUUGAGUGAAUCAAGUGCAAAGUGGAAAAUUGUUGUGGGUCAUCACGCAAUUAGAAGCAUAGGACAUCAUGGCGACACUGAGGAACUUGUCAGCAAGCUUCAUCCAAUCCUGAAGGCCAAUAAUGUAGAUUUUUACAUGAAUGGACAUGACCAUUGCCUUGAACACAUCAGUGACACAGAGAGUCCAAUACAAUUUCUAACUAGUGGAGCUGGGUCUAAGGCAUGGAGGGGUGACAUUAAAGAACAAAACAAAGAUGGUCUAAAAUUCUUCUACGAUGGUCAAGGUUUCAUGUCUGUGCAGUUGACUCAGAAUGAAGCAGAGAUUGCAUUUUAUGAUGUUUCUGGCACUGUUUUGCAUAGAUGGACUACAACAAAGUUGCUCCACUCAUCAACCUAGGGAUCCAUAGCCAACAGAUUGUCAUUGUUAUAAAUUUUUAUUUUUUUCCUAUCAUUAUUGAGCUCAUGUUUCAUUGUCAUUGAGCACUGUGAUAAUAGAGAGUUGGGGCCACAUCAAAAAAGAAAAAAAAAAUAGAGUUCUAUAAUGUCAUGAAAAUGAUUAAAUUGAUGGAGAGCUUCUAGCAA